CACGUACACGUGACGUGAAUAUGCGGAAGUGAUAUCGAGGUGUGAACCUAUCGCUCGACGACAUUUAUAUAAAAAUUGCAGUUAACUUUUUGGAGACCAAAGUCACAUUUUUAAUAUCAUAUCUCAUUUGAACUACUGGAAACAUGUCUUGGGAUUCUUACAUCGAUAAUCUCGUUGCCCAGACCAAAGAUUCCUCGGGUACUGCUCAUUGUGAUAAGGCUUGUAUCAUCGGUAUUGAUGGAGGAGCAGCGUGGACAACGGCAGGACAUGCGAAUGCAUUACAGCUCCAAGGGUCAGAAGGACAAAAUGUUGCUAAUUGUUUCAAGAGCAAGGAUUUUACUGCAUUCAUGUCCUCUGGAGUCAGGGUAGGAGGAGAGAAAUACCAGUUCUUAAGAGAAGAAGAUAAGAAGAUAGUGUUUGCAAAAAAGAAAGGGUGUGGAGCAAUCACUCUGCAGGCUAGUAAGACAGCUAUAGUAAUCGCUCAUUGUCAGGAAGGAGGUCAGCAAGGGAAUACAAAUAAAGGAGUUGGAGUAAUAGCAGAAUAUUUGGAAAGCCUCGGUAUGUAAUGUAUGCCCAACUGUAGGAUUUUGUAAAUGAAAGGAGAUUUUACUUGAAUUUGGAUCAUUUGAGGAGCAUGAGAAAAGAUAAAUCAAGGACUGUUAUGAGUACCAACAUGGCUUCUCUAUCACUUUGGAUCUUUGAAAGGUUGGUUAAAGAUAUCAAGUUUAUUAAUAAUGUUGCACUCUUCGUGAAUCAUUGCAUCAAUUUAAUGGAAAUGUUACCAGCUACAGUGCUGAAUUAUUUUGGUCUAAAUUUGAAUGUUGUUUAGUGAGGCCUUUUGAGGGAUGACUUUGAGAUAUGGGGUACAGAUUAAAAGAUUUGUUGUUUUUGCGAAGUCUGAUACAUAGAAUUAAGAUAAAAUGUCAGCAGAUUCAUGUACCUGUGCAAAUUUUAAAAACAUGAAGUGAUGUUACAAGAUGUAAUGAUCACAUGUACUAAAAAUGAUUCAUCUUGUAUUAAAUGAUUAAAUGACAUUUGUGUUUUUAGAACAUGAACCUACUGAAAGUGGAGGUUUUUCCCUAUCUAAUUUGAAUUAUUAUUCAAAAAUUUAUUAUGAUUGCACAUACAUGUAAUAAGAGUUUCAGGUUUGAGUUUGCAUGCAUACAGGCAAUACAGCAUGCUUUUCAAAUUUUAGCAAGAUCAACGGGUCUUUGUCAAGAUCAACCUUUGACACAUUGGCUAUUUCAUUUGAGUAACGUGGUCUGUUCUAUGUUGGGUAUGUGUUUCCUCAGGCCUGUCGCAGAAGGGGUUCCAUUAAAAAUGCAGCUCAUAAAAUCAAGGGGGAAUCCCAAACAUGCACCACUGAUUGCAUUUCAUUUUAAUUUUGGAGUUCGCUUUUACUGACAACACUUUCUGCAAAGGCUGAAAGUGAAGAUCCAUAUGGGGAAAUGAGUACAGAAUCAUCAUGUACUCUCACUGGUCUCCAAACAGGAAAAUUUCCUAGUCUCAGAGAAUUUAUGUUGCAGUUGCAGGGAACUUUCUCCCACCUUGAUUGAGGUGUUCAGUGAAAACAAAUUGAAGAGUUUUCACUCAGUGCACAUGCAUGAAAUUGGUGUUGGGAUGUUACAGCUGUGUGACAACAGUAUACAUUUAGGCUACACAUAAUUUGAUAAUAUUUUUAGGCUUGGAGUGUAGAUCUGAUGAUAAGAACUCCAAGGUGUGAAUGGUUGUUACAUGUAGUAUGAAAGAACAGAUGGAAAUGACUACUUCCCCAUUUAUGUAGGAACACUCAUAACAGAUGGAUAAACUGUCCAUUUCAAGUAUUAAAAAGCACUUGAUAAAAUCUUCCUUAGAAUUCUUGCUUAAAAUUGCUUAAAAAUGUACAUGUAAAGAGUAAAAUAUACCAUACAAUGUGUUUGUUCUGAAUCCAUCAUUAAAAACAUUGCAAGAAUUCCUUUGACUUUCUAUUUUGGGGUUUGCAAUUUUCUCUUGUGGACUGUAUUUCAUUACGUUUCAUCGAGUCCCCUGUACAGAUCGAGCUAGAACUUCGGUCUCUGUGUUUGGUGAGUGGAGCCAACGGAGUUCAGCGGAACAACCAACAUAUUAACAGACCGAAGCUUUUGGUCUAGUUAGUAGCUGCAUUGAAAUUGUGCUAAACCCCACAAUACGAGUAGGUCUGAAUGUCUCAGAGAGAAAAUUGCAUUCAUCCCAUUAUGUUUUUUUAUAGGAUUGUCCUGCCUGAUAUACAUGUACAUGGACUGUAUAGGUUGAAUUGAAUAUUCUGUUUCAGUCUUUAACCUUUGUGCUCUCAAAUUUAACUGUUCUUUUUCAAUAACAGCCAUUUGUUUGAAUAAAUGCAAGAUGUUCAAAAAAGAUUUUUUUUUCAAGUUCAUAAAUCAUUGAACGUUUUCUCAGUUCCCUGAGAGCUAGUCAGAAGGCAUUUCUUGUACAGAACCAUGUCCUAAUUGAGUUUGCAUUGUUCAUUGUUGUCAUGUUUGGCAAUCUAGAUAAUCUACAGGUCUUCAAAAACAACAUCUCUUCAAAGAAAGCAAUUUGAAUCUUUAUAGUAGAAACAAAUUCGAUUUGACCAGUAUGUAUUAAAGUGGGGACCAAUAGUACUGGGUCCAGUCUUACAAAGAGCUAUGAUUGAUCAACCAGAACUAUGGACGGCCAGUAACAUCAAUAUGUAAAAUGCAAAUUUGUUCAAACUAUUUUUCUAGAAACGGUACAUUCAUCGUUCUAUUUGAGAUUCAUGUGAUUCUCUUUGUUUAAUGAGAAGAUUGUGCAAAUUUCAUGUACAGAAAAUUAUGGUAUGGAUGGAUAUCCAUGCAGUUGAGAUUGAUUGGAUCAAUUGUAACUCUUUGUAAGAUGGGGACAAGGUUGACUUUCCUUUCAGAGAUCCUCCAAAACACUGGUUUUAACUUCUUUCAUCACAAAAAACCUUUAUAUGGAGGGCAUAUUUUGCAAAUAGGGAAUCAGUUGCUUCUUAUAUUUGAUCAGCAUAUUGUAGUUUAUAUGUUAUUUUAUUUUACAAAAGUGAGAACAUACUUUUUUUCUAAACAUUACACUGAAGUUUGAAGGUGAUAGUGGGGUAAGAUAAAAGAAGCUUAAGUUUUAUUACACAUUCUAGAGUAAAUGAUUUGCCAGUGAUGGGAUUUUUUUACCUGUGUAAUAUACAUGUUGGUAUCCUGCAAAUUUAGACUUGAGUUCUUUAAAUUAUUUUUUGUUAAUGUGUGUACUGAGAUUUAUGAUUACAAGAUUAUCAUUAAAAUGACUAUUUGGUGAUAUCGAGCAUAGAGAAAAGUAUUUAAGUUUCAUAUAAAUUGAACAGUAUUUAAAAUGUACUACAUGUACCUACAUGAGAAAAAUAUAUUGACUGAUGGUGAUUUAUAUAGGUUUCCUAAUUUUAUACUUUCCUUUAAAAUUUUGAUUUUAAUUAGUUUUUAAAAACCUAUGUGUGCAUCGUUAUCAUCAGGUAAUGACUGCACUUUAAUCUAACAGUGUAUGAUGUAAAUACGUGUGUAUUUGAAAGACAUUUUUGAAAUGCUAAUAAGAGUUGCAGUUUGAAUUGGUAAUAAAACCAUUGAUAAAAAGGAGGAUGCUCGAUAAAUGAUGCAUGUACAUUUAGAAGUAGGAUAAUAAGGGCAAUUAGUCAAAAAUACUGAUAAUUUAUUUACUGUUUAUUUAUUCACCAAAUUUGUGUUGCUCUAUUUUUUUUCAUCUUUAUUUUUUAUUUUUUUUGUUGUAGCCUUGUAGGUAAAUCACAUUUACAUGUAGUUAUUAGAAACAAAAACCCCACAUGUAUGUAUUGUAAACAAGAGAUAAGUUUGUAUGUAUUUUUGUUAUGUCAUUUAUGAAAGUCAUCCAAAUAAUUGUUUAUGAUACUUGUAUCUACAUGCAUUACGAAUGCAAUGGUUUGAAAGCCCUUGUAGCUUACAUAAUAAUAAAGGUUUCUUUUCGGCAAGACAUUGGGAAUGCAGUCAUGUGACAGCAAAUGUUAUCGUUCAUUUACAGAUAUCUCUUUAGUAAAAAAAAAAGUUUUUACAUUCAAUCGAAUAGGCCACUUUGGUAAUUUGAUCCUUGUUAAUAAUAAAUCAGUGCAUACAUCAUCUUUUCGAAAUACCGAGAGUUUGGAAUGAUUACAUUUCUGUUCAUAGGUUCAAUAGAAUGCAAAUUAUAUACUGUAGGCCUAUAUCAUAGCCAUGGAUACUAAUUGCAUGAUGUUUGUUUUUCUAUAAAGUAACAACAAAAUGUAUUCAAUUUACAUUCUUGGUUGUCACCAACAACAAGAAUUGUUCAUAUUGAAGCAUUCAUUGUACUCUUGUAUGCAUUUGUUUAGGUUUUAACAAUACAGUAAAAUGUCUUUUAUUCUUCUUUUCGACAAUAAUACAUGCAUUGUUAUAAAAUAAAAGCUACACAAUGUACUGGA